AUGCUCUCGAUUGCUUUGAGGAACCGCAUCGCAAUCUCUUCCGCGAGGAGAGUUGCACUCUAUCGUACCGUUCGGUGCUUUGCAACUCAGAGCGAAUCGGCUGCCAACAGCGAUUCUGCGGCGAAACAAGGAGAACCUGUCGAGACAGCAACUCCCAAUGCGAAUGAAAAACAAUCCACAAAGAAAGGUGUAGAGUUGCCCGAUUUCCCUGAAUUCCCGUUUAUUCAGGAUGAUUAUAAGGAAGGAAUUCGAAAUCGAGAUUAUCUGAAAAAUGUGCCUAGAGAAAAGCGUGUUGACUUGAGUAAGAAGAAAGAGGGCGACAUUGUCUAUUUUGACGACGAGGAAUUUAAGCACUACUUUCCUCAUGAUUUCUACUGUGGUUUUGAGAAGCAGAGAGAACUGACGCUUAUGAACACAAUGCAAAUUCGCAAAGAAGCUCUGCGGAUCAUAUCCAAGCUGAAUGCGUUCCAGGCGGGAGAAAGCAUCGACUUUUAUCCGUUCUUGUGCCUCACGGGUCCUCGGGGUAGUGGCAAAUCGAUGGUUCUUCGCAGCGUGUAUUACGAGUGUCGUCGUAACAACUGGAUCACGUGGUUCAUUCCCUCUGCGCGCGUGUGGACCCAUCGAGGCUACCAGGUGAUUCCGAUGACGCGUCGCUCGGGCGGUUUUUUCGCGCAGCCGGAGCACUGUCAGAAGCUUCUGCUGGACCUGCACAUCACGAGCGGCCAUCUGCUGCGGAACGUGCGCGUGAAGGGGCACUUCGACCGCUCCCUGUUCUGGGCGAAGUCGCAGUUCGGCGCGGCGAUCGACUCGGGCGCGGCGAGCCGGCUGACGGUGGACCAGCUGGUUCUGUACGGCGUGAACAGCGCGCGUGACUCGUACGAAGUGGCGGCGUACGUGAAGCGGGAACUGGAGGAGUGCACGGAAUACCCGGUGCUGAUCGCGAUCGACGACUACAACGCGCUGCACGACUACUCGCUCUUCGAGUACCAGAACCGGCCCAUCCACGCGCGGAAGCUCUACCUGCCCUCGCUGUUCCGCGUGUUCGACGAGGCGGACUGGAUGCAGGAGCGCGCCUUGGACGACUUCCCGCAGCAGCGCGCCGCGCAGCUCCAUCGCGAAGUCCCGCCCCUCCAGCCCGAGACCCCCAUGCCCCCCACGCCGCACAUCGCAUUCCAGAACACGCUGCGGAACGGCGUGGUGAUCGGAGCGGUGGAGAACCGAUACGACCACUUCAUCAAGUUCGAAGAUGUGGUCCAGCUGGGACAGAAGCACAACCUGACGGUGGGGAAGUGCAGCUUCGAGGUGUUCGACGCGUUCGUGGACAUGUUCGAGAAGAACGACAUCAUCUCGCCGAUGAACGAGUUCCAGAGAGAGUACUUGUAUGCGCACACGCAGGGAAACUACCGAGAACUGGUGUGGAACCUGCUGUGCAACCGAAGAUGGCUGUGGGACUUCACGCCCGGAAAGGCGUACCAGAAAUGGGUAGAGAACUACCCCGAAAUGAAAGAGUUGUGGGAAUCCUGAUGUCUUUUAU